CGGGUGGUAGCAACACCCGGAAACUUUCCAGGUGAAAGAUGACUCGGUAUAUCAGGAGGAAAUUAUGGUGACAAAGUGAUCUUGCCGCUGCAGGAAUAACCCGAUAAUCUACUUACCUGGAAAAACAUGCGGCCGUGAAAUAAGGAUUAAGUGGAACAGAAUCGACUGAAUUAUGCCUAGGAUCAACAGAUCAAAGGCUUCGAAUUCCACGGAUGAAUUGCGCAGACAGAAGCGCCUUGCCAUGUCGUUUUAUUGUUGCCAGGAAAUCUUUCGGAAGCAGCCCAAUAGGCAUUAGACAUCCACUGCACUUGCUGACACUUUCUCAGCAAGAUCACUCUAUACUUUUCUGGUGACAGAGAGAAUGAGUGAUCUCAAAGGUAAUAACCCCAAAGGCAGGGAGAGAUUGAGACUCCUAGAAAUGAAGAGAGCAGCAAUCGAUCAGGGAGUGGCCCACUUUUGUACUGCUUUGAAAUCUCUAGGGGAGUUCUGGAAGACGAACCACGAAUGGAUGGGCAAGAUCAACUGCGCCGAACUUCAUGGCAAGGAGAGCAUCGACUGGGAAAAGCUUGUUGAUGUAGUGUUGGCGACUCUUUAUGACCUGAUAAAAGCAGGGGCAGAAAGUUCUGAGCCGAUGGUUCUAUAUGAGCAGAAGAAAGAUCACAGUCAACAAGACAUCACACCUGGCAAAGUCCCCACGAAGUCCCCGUCCAACCGGACCUCCUGCUCUAGACCAACAAGUUCCAAUUUGGAAGGGAAGACGACCAGAAGGCCAUCUGCUGAAGUGUCAUUCAUCCCGUGUCUUCUCCGGCCUUGCGGUGGUAGCACUGCGUGGAAACCAAGGCCCAUCCAGGUGAGAGGAAUCGAAGCAAGCAAUUCAGAAGCGCAACCUGCAGCUGCAGUACAAAGAAAUGCAAAUGCGGCGGCAGCGGUACCACCACCACCACGAUCUGUGCCGCCACCUCUUCCUACACCCUCAAAGGGAUUGGUUACAUCACCACCACCUCUGCCACCGCUCAAAGGAGCUGCUCCACCGCCUCCUCCUCCACGAACUGCAACAACAUCCUUAUACACCAAGAAAGCAACCACUAGGUUGAGAAGAUCAGCUCAAAUUGCCAGCCUUUAUCGUUUCUUGAAAGCGAAGAUGGAGGGGUCAAAUCUAGAGGGUAAAUCCAACAGCGGAAGAAAACAUCAUGAUCAAUGUUCUUCGGGUGGAAAGCAAGGGAUGGCUGAUGCAUUAGCAGAGAUGACAAAGAGAUCGGAGUACUUCCAAAAGAUCGAGAUAGACGUGCAAACGCAUGGAAAAAUGAUCAUGGACUUGCAAGCUAAGAUAAAUUCCUUUCGCACCAAGGACAUGGUCGAGCUCCUCAAGUUCCACGACUUCGUUGAAUCGCAUCUCAAUAGUUUAACAGAUGAAACACAGGUUUUAGCAAGGUUCAAAGGCUUCCCGGAGAAGAAGCUGGAAGCUUUAAGAGCAGCAGCAGCUCUGUACUCGAAGCUUAAUGCGAUUGCCGUUCGCUUGCAGAACUGGGAGAUUGUGCCUCCGCUUGGCAAGCUCCUUGACCAGAUUGAGAACUACUUCAGCAAGAUGAAACGAGAGAUUGACAUGCUUGAACAGAAAAAGGAUGAAGAGUCCAAGAAGUUUCAGAGAUACAAUGUCGAAUUCGACUUCACGAUCCUUGUAAGAAUCAAGGAAUCGAUGGUCGAUGUUUCUUCGAGAUGCAUGGAGUUGAUACUUAAGGAAAGAAGAGAAGCAAAGGAGAAAGAGAGAGAGGACACCGCGACGAGAUUGGGAAGGGGAAGAGAGGAUGACAGUAAGAUGCUUUGGAGGGCUUUUCAAUUGGCUUACCGGGUGUACUCAUUCGCCGGUGGCCACGACGACCGUGCGGACAAACUCAGCAAAGAAUUAGCUUAUGAAAUCGAGACCGGUUCUUAGCGUCUGUCAAAUCCCGCACUUCUCUAGGUGGCGGUUUUGACUAUGCAUUGUAUUGAAGCAUCUCCUCCCAAUUCUGUUGAUGAGAACUUAAGACAUUCUAGUACCCUUUUGUUUUUCCCUG